AUGUCGUGGUUCCUUCAGAAGAUCGUUCACAAUGAGGCGAUGAGAACGGAUCCUAAGGAGAUUUACGGAUGGAGAGUGUAUAUGCUGGCCUGCUCGGCAUGUUUCGGGGGCAUGUUAUUUGGCAUGGACUCGGGCAUUAUUGGCGGGGUCCUUACGAUGCCCCCAUUCGAACGCACUUACGGUCUAGAAGGCCUCGACAAGGUCGGCCAAGCCAACCUGUCCGCCAAUAUCGUCUCCACUCUCCAAGCGGGAUGCUUCUUCGGAGCCCUUUUUGCAUCCCCAGUGGCCGAGCGAUGGGGUCGGAAGAAAUCCCUGCUCGGGGCUGCUGUGGUAGCUAUCAUAGGGAUUAUCAUGCAGACAGCAGCCAGCGGCCACCUAGAGGCCAUGUACAUUGGACGUCUGAUAACCGGAUUCGGCGUCGGCGCAGCAUCAAUGAUCAACCCGCUCUACGUCGCCGAGAACGCACCGCGCGCAAUCCGCGGCGGACUAACGGGUCUCUACCAGCUCUUCAUCACGACGGGGAUCAUGCUCGCGUUCUGGAUCAACUACGGCUCACUGCUGCACAUCACAGGCCCUGCCAUGUACCUGGUCCCGCUGGCAAUGCAGGGCCUGCCCGCCGUGCUGCUGCUGUGCGGCAUGUUACUGUGCAACGAGUCGCCGCGCUGGCUGGCCAAGCAGGACCGCUGGGAAGAGGCCCGCGCCACGCUGUCCAUGGUACGCUCCUUGCCGCCUGACCACCCCUAUGUCGAGGACGAGUUCCAAGGCAUUGCCACCCAACUUGAGCAGGAGCGCGCGCUCAUCGACGGCUCGGGCUUCUGGGAUCUUAUGAAGGAGAUGUGGCUUAUCCCUGGCAAUCGGAAACGCGCUCUUAUUUCUUUGUUUUUGAUGGUCUGUCAGCAGAUGACGGGGACUAAUGCUAUCAACUACUAUGCGCCUCAGAUCUUCAAGAACCUCGGCGUCAACGGCAACGCAACAAACCUCUUCGCCACCGGCGUCUACGGCAUCGUGAAAAUGGUCAGCUGCGGCGUCUUCCUCAUCUUCGUCGCCGACUCCCUCGGCCGCCGCCGCUCGCUCCUCUGGACCUCCGUCGCCCAGGGUCUCGCCAUGCUCUACAUCGGACUAUACAUCCGCAUCGCACCCCCCGUAUCGGGAGCCCCCGUCAUGCCCGCCGGCUACGUCGCGCUGGUGUGCAUUUUCCUGUUUGCGGGGUUCUUCCAAUUCGGUUGGGGUCCUGUCUGCUGGAUCUAUGUCUCUGAGAUCCCGACGGCGCGGCUGCGCUCGCUCAAUGUGGCUUUUGGGGCGGCUACGCAGUGGUUGUUUAAUUUUGUGGUUGCGAGGGCCGUGCCGAAUAUGUUGGCUACUGUUGGGGCUAAUGGUUAUGGCACAUACAUUAUCUUCGCCUGCUUCUGUUUCUCCAUGGGUGUCUUUGUGUGGUUCUUCAUUCCCGAGACGAAAGGCCUGUCCCUAGAGAAAAUGGACGAGCUCUUCGGCGUCACAGAGCUUCUCGCCCACAAGAACGACCCUGAGCGGGGCUCGACGUCGGGAGCAGACAAGGCUACUGAGGCCCAUGUAGAGAGAGUGGGCCAAUAG